GUACAGUACCACAUCCUAGUCUUAGUAGGGGCCUGGCAUCAAAUAAGCAAAGCCCUUAGAAAAAAAAAACCCCAUUUUCAUUUCUAUUUUCUUUUCUCAGUUCUGUUUUUGGCCUUGAAGUUGUAGAAAUUGCUUCCCAUUUGAUCUAAUGGCAACCAUCAAUGGCUUCCUCCCUCCCAUGUCCACCCUCCAUAGCCAAAAAACCAAGCUCCAAGUCCUGCAUGCCACUUUGCAUAGCCUGCCUUUGACUUCUGAUCAGCAGCAUCCCAUGUUGGCUUAUCAAAGAUCAUCAUUCACCAAAUUCCCAUAUGAUCAUCAAUUGAUCAGAUCUCAUCACAGACUGCUAAUUACCAAGGUGACUCAAGCAUCAGAAAAAUCUCCACCAGAAACUCAAAGUCCUGCAGAUAAAUCUCCAUUAUCUACAUGGAAAAACUGGAUUCUGGGAUUAAUGUUGUCAAUAAUAAUACCUUCUUUGAGACACAAAUGGGGACCCUUGCUGGCCCUUAAAAACAAGGUGGACGUGGCAGUAGACACAGUGGAAUCUGUGACAGAGGUGGUGGAAGAGUUGGCUGAGGAAGUAGAGAAGGUGGCUGAGCAGGUAGAAGACAAGCUUCCUGAGGAUGCUAAGCUCAGAGAUGCUGUAGAGUCCGUUGAACAUCUCGCUGAAGAUGCAGUCAAAAAAGCUGAGCUAGCCAAGGAUGUCAUCCGCAAGGUAGAGGAAGUGGAGGAAGAGGUUGAGAAGGCACUAACUAAUGGGUCAGAUGUUGAUUCUGUAAAAGGGGAGGGUGAGAAGAAGUCUUGACAACACUAUACCACUACAUUGAUUGAUCAGACUUCCACUCACCUUGGCAAUAACUUGUCAAUUUCUCUGUAGAUCACUCAUCAAAUAAUUUGCAAUUUUUUUU